AACACUACAACACUUCUCCUUCUUCUCUCCUACCUCUCCUCCUCAUAUCUCUUUAUUAUUCUCUCUCUCUCUCUCUCAGAAAAAAGCUAAUGAGAGAAAAUUAAUCCGACGGCAUAAUCUGAGAAGAGUUUGGUGAGUACCGGCGGUGGAUCCGACGGAGAUGGCAAAGAGUGAAUUUUUCGAUUCGGAUCCGACGGUAAUUGCCAAGGCGAAGGAGCUGAAGCGUGAGAUGAAGAAACUGCUUCAGACCAUCGAAGAAGGCGAUGAUUUUAGCGUUCGGACAAUCGAUCAGUUGCAAGAAGCUUUGUCUGCUUUCAAACAAGCGAAGACGAAGAAGAUGGCGAAAUCUUCUUCUCUUGAGAUGCUCGUGACAGUGUCUUGUCCCGAUGAGUUUCGCUGUCCUCUGUCUAACGAGCUCAUGCGUGAUCCUGUCGUUUUGGCUUCUGGUCAGACAUAUGAUAAGUUUUACAUACAGAAGUGGUUGAGUUCUGGAAACAGAACAUGUCCCAAGACUCGGCAAGUUCUGUCUCACACAGGUUUAACUCCCAAUCUCUUAAUUAGUGAUAUGAUCUCAAAAUGGUGCAAAACGGUUGGGGUAGAGACGGUGAAUCAAUAUCAGUCCAACACUCUAUCAGAUCGUGAGAUUUUGAACUCCUUGCUCUGUAAAGUCUCGUCAUCGAAUCUUCAAGACCAAAAAUCAGCUGCGAAGGAGCUAAGGCGUUUAACCAGGAAAGGAACCGUGUUCCGAGCUCUUUUCGGCGAAUCUUCAGAUCAUAUCACUCGCUUGGUGAAUCCGUUGUUACAUGAAUGCCAAGACGAGGGUCUUCAAGAAGAUGUGAUCACAACCUUAUUGAACAUAUCCAUACACGAUGACAACAACAAGAAGCUCGUCUGUGAAAACCCUAACGUGAUCCCUCUCCUGAUCGAUGCACUUAGACGUGGAACUGUCGCCACUAGAAGCAAUGCAGCUGCUGCGAUCUUCACACUCUCUGCCCUCGAUUCGAACAAAGUACUCAUAGGGAAAUCCGGAGUCCUGAAACCGCUUAUCGAUCUCUUAGAAGAAGGGAAUCCAUUAGCUAUCAAAGACGUAGCUGCAGCCAUCUUCGCUCUCUGUAUUGCUCAUGAGAACAGGAGUAGAGCUGUGAAGGACGGAGCUGUUAGGGUUUUAGGUAAGAAGAUCUCUGAUGGGUUGUAUGUGGAUGAGCUUUUAGCUUUAUUAGCGAUGCUUGUUACUCACUGGAAGGCUGUGGAGGAACUUGGUGAGCUCGGUGGGGUUUCUUGGUUGCUGAAGAUAACUAGAGAGAGUGAAUGCAAGCGUAACAAAGAAAACGCGAUUGUGAUAUUGCAUACUAUAUGUUUCAGUGAUAGGACAAAGUGGAAGGAGAUCAGAGAGGAGGAGAGUAGUCAUGGAACAAUAACAAGGCUUGCACGUGAAGGAACCUCUAGGGCACAGAGGAAAGCAAAUGGGAUCUUGGAUAGGUUGAGAAAAGCUAUGAAUCUCACUCACACGGCCUGAGAGAAAGCCCUAAAAUCCAUGGUUUUUACGUAUAAAUCUGUGUGAAUAGUUUUUUUUUUUUUUGCGUUUGAUGUUUCUUGGGAAUCAAUAAAAGCAAUGUUGGCUUUUUCAGUAGUGAAUGUCUUGGUCAACAAGUAACAGUGUAGCUUUCGGCUGUUUCUUUUUGUAUGAAUACAAUAGUAUUAAAAAACAUAGAAUGGUUGUCA